GCGUGUGUGUGGGGGAGAGAAACAACAACAACAGCGCCAGCGGGGAGAGACACCGACACCGGGCUGUCAGGCUCAGGGCGGCGAUGGCGAUGAUAUGCAGCCUCUGCCAACUAUAAACCAUGGCCGGCCGCAACUGGAUGCAGUCCCCGGGAGCUCCGGCUCCGAAUCAGCAGCUGUACCGGGCCGCCCAGCUCCUGCUGCCCGGUUAGGGUCUGCUGCCUUUGGCCGGUGAAGAGGCGGCGGUCCCGGCCUCGGCCCCCUGGCUGCGUUUCUAGUGUCGGCGGCCGAUUCAUUCCUGUCUCCUGGUCGAUCGGUUUCGGGGCUCGGCAUCAAGCAGAAGAUGGCGACUGGAGUUAGCUGGCAGCAACAUUAUAGCGGCACCGCCGGUAAACUGGGCUCCACAGGCGGGGCAUCUCACCCUGGAGGAGCUGCCGAGUACAACCAGGAGCUGCACCUGAAGAUGAGCAAAAAGAUAGCGCAGCUGACCAAGGUGAUCUAUGCUUUAAAUACUAAAAAUGAUGAACAUGAGGCUGCUAUCCAGGCACUCAAAGAGGCGCAUGAGGAAGAAAUACAGCAAAUUUUUGAUGAAACAAAAGACAGGAUUCUUCAGUAUAAGGGCAAAAUCAACGAGGAAGUAGAGCUACGGAAGAAAAUCCAGUCUUUGGAAGAAUCUCUGGAACAGCAUGAACAGAUGAAACAGCAAGCACUAGCAGAGUUUGAGGCUUAUAAGCAGCAUGUUGAAGAUAUGCAGUUUGCUACAGAGACCCAUCAAACGCAAGGUGUUACGAUUAUGUCUAGAAAUAUCCAGGAAAUUAAGGAAAACUUCGAUGAUAAGUUACAACAGUUUAUCCAGUUAGAGUCCCAGUUUGGACAGAAUAAACAGCAAACUUUGGAAGAUCUGCAGGCUGCCCACAAGCUAGAGAUCCAGAACCUCUUAAGGACUCAUCGCAAUCAGCAUGAAACAUCAAGUAAACAACAGGAGAAAUUACAACAGCUGCUCAAAGAUGAACUAAUUGCAACGAACAAUAAAAUUAAAGAACUUACACUUGAAAAGCAAAAGCUCGUGGAAGAAUUUGAAGCUAAAUUGAGCAAAGCUCAAGCCUUUUACAAACAUGAGAUUGAAGGCUUAAAAUCUCAACAAACAUCGGAAAACAUGCUUCAAUGGAAACAGAGGGAAUCUCAGCUAAAGAUAGAAUUUCAAAUCCAAGAGACUACUUUGAAAAAGGCACUUGAUAAACUGCAGACAGAAUUACAGAUCACUCAGGAGGAUGCUAAUCAAAUGAGGAAUAAAUGCGAACAGUUUCAAGGAGCAUUGAACAAAGCAGAAAACAACGUUCAAAUGCUUCAGCAACAGCUGAAACAGGGUCAACAGAAAGCUGAUGGUACUCUUACAAAACAAAAGCAGCUAGAAGAUGAACUGGUUGCUUGUAAAGAGCAUAUUCAACAGCAGUCCACAGAACUGCUGCUUAAAUCAAGUCAGAUUGGAACUCUUCAAGCUACUCAAUUGACCCAGGAAGCUACAAUCCGGGAGCUGGAGUCACAGCAUUGCAGGUUAAAGGAGAGGUUAUCAUGCCUUGAAGAAGAAAGGAACACUUUGCAGGACAACAACCAGAGCUUGGAUGAGCGACAGAGGCAGCAACUACUGGCUAUUGAAAAGUCCUUAACUGAAGAAAAAGAAAUGCAAAGACAAUAUUAUGAAGAGGAGAUAUCAAAUCUGCAGUAUAAACUUGAAGAGGAAACUAGAUAUCUAAGAGACACCUUCAGGAACAGUAUGGAGGAGUUGUCUCAGAUACAUGAAACUGCAUUAGAAUCUGUUCAAGUCACACAUGAGAGAGAAAAGAAAAAGUUGCAAUUGGAAAUGGACCAAAAUCUUGAGAAGGAUCGUUUGCGAAUGGAAGAAGAGAAAAAUCAAUUCAAACAGCAAAUGGAAAACCUUCGAGAAGAGCUGACUGCCAAGUUAAAUACAGCCAAUCAAGAGGUGUGCCGUUUACAAGAACUUGUGAAGAAGAGUGAGCAAGGUCUAGGAUCAGCUGAAGGACAUAUUUCCAGUCUGAAGGAUGCUCAGGAAAGGCUGCAAAAAGAUCUGGAUUCUAGCAGGGCCAAACUCAGGGAGACAAGUGAUUCCCUUUCUUCUGUGCAGGGAGAAUUGGAGCAGCAAAGGCAGGAUUAUGAGGCAAGACUGACUGCAGCAAAAGAAGAGGAGAAACUUAAAUUGGAAAAAUUGGAAAAGGAUUCGGAACAAAAAUGGAAAGCAAUUGUAAGGGAGGAACAUGAGAAACUGUGUGAGAAGUUAGAAAGACAGCAUGAAGAUGAGAAACGAUCUGCUCUGGCUCAACUAUCGCAUCUGAAAGACCAAGAAAAUAGUGCAGAGAAAGAAGGUUGGCAGAAAAAGGUUGAAGAUCUCCUGAAUCAGAUCUCCUUAUUGAAACAAAGCCUUGAAAUGCAGUUAUCCCAGUCUCAAGACUCCUUGCAAAAGCUACAGUGCCAGUUCAACCGUGAGAGACAGCGGCUCACACAGCAAAUGGAGGGGAUGGAGGACGAGCAUAAACGCAGACUUGCAUCUUUGGAAGAUGCGCACAGGAUUGCUUUUAGAAAUAUGGAGGAAUCCAAGGACUGUGAAUGCAAGCAGUUGGAAGAAUGCUUAAACCAGCAGCAUAUGGAAGAUUUGCAAACUCAGAAGGAUGCUGAGAGAAUUAAUCUGGAGGCUUUGCAAAAGGAAGCAAAGCAGCAGCUACAGGAUUUGAGGAUAGAGCUGCAAGAUGAAGGGAAAUUACUACUUGCCUCUUUGCGCUCGGACCUCAACUAUCAGCAUUCUAUAGCAAUGGAUCAGCUGAGACAAAACCACCAGCAGGAAAUGGCAGCUGUGAGAAUGGAAUUAGAUCGGGCUAUUGAGCUGCACAGACAGCAGAAGAAAGAACUACUGAGCCGAGUAUCUGAUCUACAAGAAGAAGUACGGCACCGUGAGCAACACAUGAAAGAGCUGGAUGUGGAGAAUCUGUCUAUGCAUGACAAUUUAAGCACCUUGACCAAAGAGCUUGAGUAUAAAGGGAAUGAAGUUUUAAAAAUUCGCAGUGAAGUCAACCAGAAAAUUAGGACCUAUGAACAGGAGAUGAUAAAGAAACAGGAGAAGAUGAUAAAUGAAAUGACUGCAGCCCACAUCCGGGAAACACAGUGCAUGCUAGCAGACUUCAACAAGGCUCAGGAACUCCUGAAGGAUAAAAUUUCUUCUCUGGAAAUCUUAGUGGAAGAAGCUGAAGAAAAAUACAAUAGCAGAGAGUCAAGACCAGAGGAUCUACAGCUGAUCACUGAGUUAAAGGAAAUGAUCACAGAACGAGACCAGCUCACAAAAAAACUAAUGGAUGACAAAAAAUUUUACCAGCUGGAACUGGUGAACAGAGAAACAAAUUUCAACAAGGUUUUUAAUGCUAUCCCUAAUGUAGGAGUCAUCAAUCCUCUAGCUAAGCAGAAGAAAAAGAAUGAUAAAAUUGCCAAUCGCUUUGUCAGUGCCCCAAAUUUAAGUGCUUUGGAAUCUGCAGGAGGGGGAAAUGGGCAACAUCAGCACAACCGCCUGGAGCCAAUUCCUAAUUCCCCUGUUCAUGAUAUUGGGUUCAAUAGCAACAAGCCUCUACCCCAGCCAGUACCUUCAAAAGAGGCAAAAAGAUUUCUGAGGUGAGCAUCCACCUCGAGGUUUAUAACAUAAGGAGAGUUUGAGUAGACUAGGCUUAUAUUUCCUAGAGUUUAGAUGAACAAGAGGUGAUCUCAUUGGAACAUAAAAUUCCUAAGGGGCUUGGCAGGGUGGAUGCUGUGAGAAUGGUUAACCUGGCUGUCCAGAACUAAGGGUCACAGUCUCUGAUUAAGGGUCAAUCUUUUAGAUGAGGAGAAAUAUCUUCUCUCAAAGAGUUUUGAAUCUUUGGAAUUCCCUCCCCAAGAGAUCUGUAGAUGCUCAAGUGUUCAGUAUAUUCAAGAUAGAGAUGGUUAACUUUUUGGAGACCAAGGGAAUCCAGGAAUAUGACAAUAGUGCAAGAAGGUGGAAUUGAGGGAGAAGAUCUGCAAUUAUCUUGUUGAAUGGCGGAGCAGGCUCAAAGGGCGAAAUGGCCCGCUCCUGCUCCUAUUUCUUAUGUUCAUAGAGGUGAUGAUACAAACUGGCCAUGAUCCAAAACUACACUUUUACAAUUUAACAUUAAUUACCGAAACUAGGAUUAGACAAGUCUUCAGUAUGGAUCCGUUAUCGAUUUCAAACUCACAUUUUUGCAGUUAAAGUGUGCUUUCCCCCUUGUUCUGCAAUUUAUGCAUAAAUUUGAAAUUUACUUAAUGACGUCUUCUAAUAAAUGUGCAGGCCUCAUUAACGUUGUUAUUUUAAUAGCCUAAUGGUAACCACAUUUAAUUU